AUGAAGCGCAUCUACCACUGUGAGCGACUCGCGCUGGCGCGUUAUUGUGGUCGAAGCGAAUGUCUGUGGGAUUGCAAGCUGUCGAAUUUCUCUGCUGAGUCCAUCUUCGUACUCAGAUCGAUUGCAGUAUGGGCUCGGAAGAGAUGGCUAGUGGCGCUCCAAAUCAGCAGUGUCAUUGUGAGAUCAAUCUUUCAGACAACGAUGUCUGACUCAUCAUCUGCUUCCAACAUUAAUACUCAUACGGAAACGAGCUCCAAGGUAUAUGUGAUUUACGGCUUGCUGGUAGUUGCUGAGCUAGAAAUAUUGUUGAUGCUGUUGUAUCGCGCCGUCAAGGGUCAUGGUGGUUGGGGGAAUGACAACAGUCUCAUCCGUGGUCUCAUGCUGCACAACCUGCUGUAUUGCGGCUGCAGUUUUGCCUUUUCUCUCUGUCUCAUUCUCACAACAAUUUUUCUUCCGGUUUCAGGUCGUUGUGCAAGCCGUCUUGGUCACGCGAAUGCACAGGAACUUCUGGAUAUCGGACCGUCCGUCGCGCAGUAUCUACACGGAUGUUUCCCUCACAACGUGGAUGACGGGAGUCCCAGAUAA